AUGAAUCUUUUUGCUCCUGCAGACCCCUUUGCUGAUGCAACAAAGGGUGACGACUUACUCCCGGCGGGGACUGAAGAUUACAUUCAUAUAAGGAUCCAACAACGAAACGGAAGAAAGACACUAACUACUGUUCAGGGAAUUGCAGAUGAUUAUGACAAGAAGAAACUUGUGAAAGCUUUCAAAAAGAAAUUUGCGUGUAAUGGUACUGUGAUUGAACAUCCUGAAUACGGUGAAGUUAUCCAGCUUCAGGGUGACCAGAGGAAGAACAUCUGCCAAUUCCUCUUGGAGAUUGGCAUUGUCAAGGAAGAACAACUGAAAGUUCAUGGUUUCUAAAACACCUGUACUCUCAUGAAGAACCCUGCAGUGUUUGGUCUUACCUAGCCUGGCUCUUCUGUGAAAAAUGAAUCUUUGCAGUGAAUGGACUUCCCUGUUACCUGAACAUUUAAAAUUUUAUUCAGAUUUGCAUGACUGCGUGAAAUAUGUGGUGUGUAGACUAGAAACACAUAAGGAAAUUUCAGUAAGGUGGUAAUGAAGACACUUGUGAACUUUAACACAUUUCCAAUGGAAAUGUUUUAGCGAUGAUUGUUCAGUUUAGUACUCUCCACCUGACUUAAAUGUGUGGGUUGUAUUAAAAUAGUCUGUGGUGUUGCUUAAAAAUAAAGCUUUAUUCAUAU